AUGAUCGCACUUUUUGCUGUCCCCGCCAUUCUUUGCAGCGGCUUCUUCAUGGGAGGAGGUGUGUACGCGUACGUCGCCAAGCGAUCCGCGGUUUCACUCCUUGCCUCCGCCGCUAUCUCUGGCGCAUACGCCGGUAGGUGUUGCGUGUGUGACACUACACUUUAUGCAGGCUGCUCCUAUGUUAUUUUGGCGAAGCCUUCUGCGUACAUUGGAUUCUGUCUAGCCGCAACCACUUCCAUACUAGCCCUCGGCCUGGGAUGCUACAAACUCUUCUUCGAGCACCACUCAACGACGGCAAAGAGGAACGUCGCGGUUGCAAUUUACAGCACUGGCUUGGGUACUACCUGCUUCUACAUUGCUGUUUUGUUCGCCAAGAAAUUUCUGGCGGCUUCCGACGCAUCGCCGAUGCCAUUUUGA